AUGAGCUCCGUCGAGCCUAAGCAUCACAUACAACCAUCGAGCCUGCCCGAGUCGCUACAGGCGUGGAGAGAGACUGAUCCUCUGCGCAAUCAACGGUGGGCAGAGCCGUGGGAGGUCCUGCGACCUUUCUUUAAGGCAGCAGGCUACGAACUCUAUCGUACAAAAGCAGUCCCUGGCGCGUUCACUGUUCCCAUAUCAGCGACGCCGCCUGCUCUCGAGUCCUUCGGCCUAUAUGGGGACAGGAGCAACUUCGUCAGCAGUUUCUCUCCAUUUGCGCAGCUGUUUGCUGCUCGAGACAGAUUGAAUCGAGACGUUGUCAUAAAGGUGAUUUCAAAGGGAACCGAAGGGGCUAAUGAGCGGAGAACACUGGAACUGCUCAACUCGGAGCCUCUGCGAUCAGAUCCAGCUAAUACAACGGUCCCGGUCCUAGACUUCCUUGAAUACGAAGACUAUUGCUUCGCCGUCAUGCCCUGUUGUGGUAGUUCUAGUUCGUACCCCUUUCUCUACGCAUCAGAAUGUCUUGACUUUGCGGAACAGUUACUGGAGGCCCUCUGUUUUUUACACAAACACCGUAUAGCACACUUGGACAUAUCAUUCGAGAAUGUUGUGGUUAAUCACCACGGAAAGAUGCCAAAGAAGUACACGUAUGACCAAGAUCGGAAAGGGUUGAAGAUAUGGCCUCCCUUAGAAUGGAGAUCGACGUUCCCCGUGCGGUACUAUUUACUGGAUUUCGGUAUCUCUGUUCAUUUUCCAGAGGAUCUACCUCUAUCUCGAUGUACUAUACUCCCUUUCCCGCAAGGCCGGAUGCAUAGAGCCCCUGAAACGCUUGGCAAGAAGGCAUUCAACCCGUUUGCGGCCGACGUAUAUCAAAUAGCACGUCUCCUCUAUGCUUGGUUUCCGGACCUGGCAAAUGACGUGCCAGAUCUUCUGAAGCUAUUGCAAGACAUGUCGUAUUACAACCCGUCUGGUCGGAUCACCGCCAGUACGGCUUUAUCGCGCCUGCGCACUUUGCGUACCGCCAUCGCAGAAGAAAAGCUGACAGAGCUUCGAGAACGAAAUAUUCUCCACUACCUGAUUAUUCCGAGGAGUAACCUACGUCUUUUGCGUGAAAUUCUAGAAACCGGUAAUUGGAGUUUGGCAGGUCAAUACACGUGGUGGUUGUUGAAGUCCUGGUUGUCCAGAAUAUUAGGCAAGGAGAAGAUGAACUAG